AUGGAUGAAACUGUGGUUGAAAGAUACGGUGAUGAUCAGCCAUCGUGCAGUAAUGCGGGACAGACUCCAGAUGAGCUCACCUUUCAGUACGAAUGGAUUGUGAAAAUAUGUAAAAGGUCAAUCGGAAGUGAAACGGUCAUAUUGAAUAUAUCGCCAGCAUUCAGUACCGCAUACAACGGCGUACAGUUUACAUGGACACUACGACUCAAUGAUGACUGUAUAACGCUGGAUUGUAUGGACAACAAUAACGCCAAAGACAACAACGGUGUGAAUAUAUUUCUGUAUUAUAAGGACGGUCCGAAACUGGAUAUACACAUCAUUGAGGCUAUAAUCAGUGUGGCGGAUAAUAAUGGUAAUGUGCUGUUCAAUGAUUUACGAAUCAACGAUGAUGAAUUCACUCGUGGUAGUGGAUGGCCGUUACGAGCUGACUUCCAAAAGAUGCGACAGCUCAGCGAUUUUAUGCAAAUGAACGUCGAUAAUACAGUCCGCAUUUCAGCGAAUAUUAGAAUGGAUUCGAAAAUCUUCUCGCCUCUGUGUUAUUUACCGAAUGUUGGUGAUGAGUCGAAUUAUUUGGAACGCGAAUGUCGAAAGUAUUUGACACAAAUUGAAAACAACCAAAUUGUUGUGCCAGAUCUUGACAUACUCAUGAAAGAACCAGAUUUGUUCGCCAUUCACCGACGUAUCUUUACUCACGGCUGUGAAGAAAUCGCCCGUCGUGCGAACAAUAAAACCUUAGAUAACAAGAAGAUUAUAAAUGUGUUUGCGCAUAUAUAUUUCAAUGAAUGUAUAAUGCCACAAGUGGAAUGCUUUGAAGAUGUUUUGAGCAUAAUUGAAGGUGCUAAAUACCACCAUAUACCAGCGUUUACACGCGAAGUGGAACGUUUCAUAUGUCGACAAUUAAUCUCGAGCGGUUGUGAACUAGAUUUAUCAAAGAAGAUGCUAUUAUUGGCAGAGCAUUAUCAGUUGUCAGUGUUGAAAAUGAUGUGCAUCGGUAUACUGGCUGAUAAUAUUCUGGAGAAGUCGAACAAUUUCGUGAAUAUUAAAGAUGACAUGCUGAAAUUGGUCCAUCAAAUAACGUUGUCGAAUCUUUAUCCAUCACUUUUUAUGGAGGGAGAAGAUGCAGUGGGCUUAGGAAGUACGAUUGCAUUAGAAGAUGAUUCUGUGGAGUGA